AUGGCGUUGCUGUUCGAUCCACAUUUUUCUUUGCUCAGGGAGGAUCAGAGUGUGAAGUUGUUCAAUGUGAUGCUCGUCAUCUCACAAGCGUUCGGGGGCUUGGCUAUCCUAUUGGUGGCUAUAUGGAUGGGUGGCUAUGAAGAUGGUUUCUCAUGGACCGAAGAUCCGGAACGUGAAUUUCACUAUCAUCCAACAUUCAUGGUGAUGGGAAUGGUAUUCUUGUAUGGCGAAUCGAUGUUGGUAUAUCGAGUAUUCCGCAAUGAGCGUAAAAAGUUCAGUAAAACUCUGCAUGUUUGUCUACACUCUAUGGUUCUGGUGUUCAUGAUCAUAGCUCUUAAAGCCGUCUGGGAUUCACACGAUCUUCACAAGGAUGCUCUAGGGGAACUUGAUCCACUGCCCAACAUGAUCUCACUACAUUCAUGGAUCGGACUCAGCGUUGUGAUUUCGUACUGUACUCAGUAUCUGAUCGGUUUCGUGACGUUCUUCGCUCCCGGUCUAUCUAUUCCUGUUCGCCAGUUGGUAAUGCCAUUCCACCAGCUGUUCGGUAUGAUGAUCUUCAUUGCCGUAAUGAUCACAGUCGGUAUGGGCAUCUCAGAGCGUGCAGCAUGGAACCACACAGAUAGGCUUUCUCAGAGAAGAAUUUUCUUCUUCGUAUGCUGGACGAAAGAGCGUCAACUAUGCGGUAAGCAGCUGGUGUCCAAUUUGGUAGGUGUGUGCGUAUUCUUCUACGCCCUAUUCGUUCUACUUCUGGUAGCAAAUCCACGAUGGAAACGUCGCCCUCUACCAGAAGAAGAGAGCCUGCAUCAACUCACCACUUCUUCUAGCACUGACUAA